AUGGGUUUGGUUACCGAUGAAGUGAGAGCUAGGGCAGAGAAAUACACAGGAGAUGAGAUAUGCCGCGAGAAGACGAAGGAGUUCCUCAGCGAAGUUAAUAUGCCUAAUGGGUUAUUGCCAUUGAAGGACAUAGAAGAAGUUGGUUACGACAGAGAAACAGGUGUUGUGUGGCUGAAACAGAAGAAGAGCAUCACCCACAAGUUCGAAACCAUUGGAAAACUUGUCUCUUACGGCACUGAGGUCACUGCGGUGGUGGAAGUCGGAAAGAUCAAGAAGCUUACCGGAGUUAAGGCUAAGGAGCUUCUUAUUUGGGUCACUCUCAAUGAGCUUGCCUUGGAGCAGACAACUUCUUCAGGGAAGAUCAAUUUCAGGACACCCACCGGUUUGUCCAGAACUUUCCCGGUUUCUGCUUUUGUUGUACCUGAAGUGGAGAAGCCUGCAAUGGAGAAGAACAAUGGAAUUAAGGAAGCUGUUGCAAUCAGAGAUGCUUAG